CCUUGUAAUCUGCUUCCUUUAGAGCCAAUUUUUUGUGUUCAAGGCACAGAAUUUGCUUAGGAAACCCAGAUUUUCUUUCCUUAUAUCUUACUUGGUUUCGCUCGAUUAUGAAUAUUCUAAUGGAAAGCAAGGGUUUUAUUGAUUUCCUGGUCUAUUUUGUACUUACCCUUGUUUUCUUUGAUAUCUCUAUGGCUAACGAUCGGAUCAUUGGAUCUAUUGAACCUGGUUUUCAAGUUUCUCAGAUGAAUUGGAUCGACAAUAAUGAUAUGUUUGUGUUUCAAAACAAUGGCGACGUGUUGUUACAGAAAGGACAAACUGUUGUCUGGACGACAGAUACCGGUGACCAAGGUGUUUCUGCUAUGGUAUUGAUGGAUUCAGGGAAUUUGGUUUUGCAAAGGAAUGAUGACAAAGUAAUUUGGGAGAGCUUUGCUCAUCCUUUGGAUACUCUUGUUUCGAACCAAGAGUUCAAACAAGGGAUGAGGCUUAUAAGCAAUCUUAGUCCUAGUAACUUGACUUACAUCCUCGAAAUCAAGCAAGGUGACAUGGUUCUUUCCGCAGGUUACUCGAAUCCGCAGCCAUAUUGGUCGAUGGGAAAGGAUGCUCGAAGGAACAUUGACAAAAGUGGUGGGGUGGUGACUUUAGCUUCCAUUUAUGAGAAUUCAUGGAAGUUCUUUGAUGAGAACAAAGUGUUGCUAUGGGAGUUCAGGAUAUCAGAUUCUAUUGAUGUAAAUGUGACUGACACUUGGAUUGCGGUGUUGGGAAGUGAUGGGUUUAUAUCUCUUUUCAAUCUAAAUUCCGGAGAGUCUUCUUCGACAAAAAAAGUUCCCAGUGAUCCGUGUGGGACACCCGAAGCUUGUAUGCCGUAUUUUGUUUGCUCGGGUUCUUUAGCAGGAAAUACUAAAUGCCAGUGUCCAUUGGGGCUUGGUUCGAGCGCUUGCAAAACUGGUGUUGCCUCUCGCUGUGGUAAUGGGAAGGAUGCUGUAGGUCUUGUAGAUGCUGGAACCGGGCUCGAUUAUUUCGCGCUUGGCUACGUUCCUCCUUCGUCGAAAACCGAUCUAAAUGGUUGCAAAGCAUCUCGUCUUAGUAAUUGCCACUGUGUGGCUGUGUUUUACGACAAUAACUUGAGGAAUUGUUUCAUUUUUGACGAUGUUGGUAGCUUCCGAAGCUCUAAAAACAAGUCUGAUUUGGUUGCUUUUGUUAAAAUGUCCGAAAUCGGUGGAGGGGAUAGAAGAGGGAAAAGAGGCUUCCCAUAUGUUGUGAUUAUAGUGAUUCCUGCAUUAAUUUUCAUUUUUGGCCUACUUUUUGUGUCAUUGAGAUGCUACAAGAGAAAGAAAACAAUGCUUGAAUCUCCUGGUGAGACUUCAGAAGAGGAUACUUUCUUGGAAAGUCUCGCCGGAAUGCCUACUCGGUUCACUUAUAACGACCUUCAGAUUGCUACAAAUAACUUCUCGAUGAAGCUUGGACAGGGAGGAUUCGGUUCUGUUUACCGAGGAACUCUUCCAGAUGGGACUCAACUUGCUGUGAAGAAAUUGGAAGGCAUCGGUCAGGGGACAAAAGAAUUUCGAGCUGAAGUAGGUAUUAUUGGAAGCAUCCAUCAUCUUCACCUGAUUCGGUUGAAAGGCUUCUGUGCGGAAGGAAGCUAUCGGGUUCUUGUUUACGAGUACAUGGCGAACGGUUCCUUAGAUAAAUGGAUCUUCGGUAGAAAUGGAGAACCGUUGCUGGAUCGGGGAACAAGGAUCAAUAUCGCAGUGGGAACCGCUAAAGGGCUAGCUUAUCUCCACGAAGAUUGUGAUGCAAAGAUCGUGCAUUGCGACAUAAAGCCCGAAAACAUAUUACUCGAUGACAAUUUCCUUGCCAAAGUCUCCGAUUUCGGCUUGGCAAAACUAAUGACUCGAGAGCAAAGCCAUGUUUUCACUACACUAAGGGGCACAAGGGGUGAAGAUGAGACUGUUUACACUGCCAUCAAAGUUGCAUUAUGGUGCAUACAAGAAGAUAUGCAUUUAAGGCCAUCCAUGACCAAAGUUGUUCAAAUGCUAGAAGGCCUCUCCUUCGUUCCAAAGCCGCCAAUGUUGUCUCCAUUAGGUUCUCGACUUUAUUCGAGUUCGUUUAAACCGGCAGCCACCAUUGGAGACGACACAGUUUUGGCCUCGCAACCGUCAAUCUUCAAUGGCGAUGAUUAUCUUUCAGCUGUUCGGCUUUCUGGUCCAAGAUAA